AUGGAUGAAGAUUUCGAGAAAUACCUUGCGACCGAAAUACUUUCAGAACAGCGCACAAUUUCCUACAGAAAUGUUGCAAGAGCACUCAAAGUCCAUGUGAAUACGGGCAAAUGCAUGCUCUAUGAAUUCCACAAGAUACAGAAUGACAAGAAGACGAACUCAAUAUAUGCAACAUACCUGAUAUCAGGAGUCAAGAAAGAUCAGAAACUUGCUCUCCAAAAGAAUGGCACCACCAAUGGCCAUACUCACGGCUAUGACGAGGAUGAACCAAUCCCUUCGAGCCCCCCUCCAUUCACCAGCUCCAUGCUUGAACCUACCCAGAAAAGCAGUCAGAAUACUCCAGCGGAUGACGAAGUUCGAAACUCGGUGCGAAGCGUGACGCUGACAAGAGAAGAAAGAUUGGAGUCAGUAAAAGAACAAUAUGAGACCAUCACAUCAAUACACAUCUACAGUCUAUCACCCGCACGAAUAGAAGAUCUCGUCACCCUGACUGAUAUUGGCCGUGGACUGUUCACAGACUCGUUCUCGAAGGAAGACCCACUAUUGCAGAACAAGACUUAUGGUGUAAUACAAAAUCCUAGCGUUCGAAGGCGAAAAGGCGUGCGACCCGUCGAGCCUGUUGAGCCACCUCCGAAGUUCCAGCCCGUGAGAGAUGAGCCAAAGAAGCCUAACUCAUUCUUUCCCGCAAAAUCUACAGCGAAACAGUCUGCUCCUGUAGUGGAAUCAAAACAGGAAAAAGAAGACACCGCAGCAUCUCGACCGAGCUCCCGCGAUAGCACAUCCACCGCAGGUUCCGCCAAACCAGCCACCCUGAAACGUGACUCUUCAGAUCUAUUCAAAGCAUUCGCCAAACAGUCGCAGCAGAAACCCAAGUCCACACUGUCACGGAAGCAAGAUGAGGACACCAAGAUGUCCGACGCGCCAACUUCAGAUCAGGAUGAGGGAGAAUCAGAAGAGGAGGCUUUGUUCCUCGACACAGGGACUCACAAGGCAGGAACGAAGAAACGAUCCAGUGACGUCAGGAAAGAACGAGACGAUCGAGCAGCCAAAUUGCGAAAAAUGAUGGAUAGUGAUGAUGAGAAUGAUAGUGCUACGGAGCCAAGCAAACAAGCCAGCAGUGAAGCGCCCAUCAAAGCGAGCGAGAAAACAAACGGAGAUGCUUCCGAUGAGGAAAAGGAGGAUGUCGCGUGGUCCGAAUCAGACACGGAGAAGAAAGCUCAGAACACUUCAAAGCCGAUACCCAGUGAACCAUCAGGUCCAAAACGUCGUCGUGGUAAACGCAAGAUCAUGAAGAAGCGAACCACAAAAGACGAAGACGGAUACCUAGUCACAAAGGAAGAGGCAGUUUGGGAAAGCUUCAGUGAGGAUGAGCCUGAACCAAAGCCCGCACCAACGAAGCCUGCUUUUGGCAAGCCACAACCGACCCCGAGUCAAGGCAAAGCGGGCGCGAAAGCUGGUGCGAAGAAAGCUAGUGGAAAUAUCAUGAGCUUCUUCGGGAAGAAAGCAUAG